AUCAGCCCUCACCCGGCAUCCUGACUGCCUGCUGUCCAUACAUGCUAGUUAGAGUCUCUGAAGUUAUCUUACAAAAGUGAGGUGGCUUUUCACUUGUGAUGGCUGACCAGACUGUCGUGGAGAAGAUGAGCGAAAUGAAAGUGGACGAGGGGAAAAAGGGGAAACCUGAAGGCGUCAAAGAUGGAGGAAAGAAGAAGGCUAAAAAUGCUGCUGGGGACGCUGGAGGCAAGGCUGAGCUGUCACCUCCACCUGAGUACAUUGAGAACCGUCUCACUUUGUACUCAAAGCUAAAAGCUGAGCAUGACACCCUCAUGGCAGAAAGAGCAGCGAAUAAUAGCCGAGCCAUCAAGGUGACUCUCCCUGAUGGAAAGGUGGUUGAUGCCGAGUCAUGGAAGACCACGCCAUACCAGGUGGCCUGUGGAAUCAGUCAAGGCCUUGCUGACAACACUGUGAUUGCUAAAGUGAACAACGGUGUGUGGGACCUGGACAGACCUCUGGAGGAUGACUGCAGCUUGCAGUUGCUCAAGUUUGAUGAUGAGGAGGCUCAAGCAGUUUACUGGCACUCCAGUGCUCACAUCCUGGGUGAAGCCAUGGAGAGAGUGUAUGGAGGCUGCCUCUGCUACGGUCCCCCCAUCGAGAGCGGCUUCUACUACGACAUGUUCCUGGAGAACAAUGAGGGCGUAUCGAGCAAUGACUUCCCAUGUCUGGAGAACUUGUGCAAGAAAAUUAUCAAGGAGAAGCAGCCCUUUGAGAGACUGGAGAUAAAGAAGGAGACUCUUUUGGAAAUGUUCAAGUACAACACCUUCAAGUGCCGCAUUCUGAAUGAGAAGGUUACCACACCCACCACCACAGUUUACAGAUGUGGUCCCUUAAUUGACCUGUGUCGGGGUCCCCAUGUGAGACAUACUGGAAAAAUCAAGGCACUUAAAGUCCACAAGAAUUCCUCUACAUACUGGGAGGGAAAAGCAGACAUGGAAACCCUGCAGAGGAUCUAUGGAAUCUCCUUCCCUGACCCCAAAAUGCUCAAAGAAUGGGAGAAGUUUCAGGAGGAGGCCAAGAACAGAGAUCACCGCAAACUGGGACGGGAGCAGGACCUGUUCUUCUUCCAUGACUUGAGUCCUGGCAGCUGCUUCUUCCUGCCCAAGGGAGCUUUCCUCUACAACACACUGAUUGAGUUCAUCAGAAGUGAGUACAGGAAGAGGGGUUUCCAGGAGGUGGUGACGCCCAACAUCUACAACAGCAAGCUCUGGCAGACGUCCGGCCACUGGCAGCACUACAGUGAUAACAUGUUCUCCUUCGAGGCGGAGAAGGAGACCUUCGCCCUCAAACCUAUGAACUGCCCAGGACACUGUCUGAUGUUUGAUCACCGGCCACGCUCCUGGAGAGAGUUACCGCUCCGCAUGGCCGACUUUGGCGUCCUGCACAGGAACGAGCUGUCGGGAGCCCUGACAGGUCUCACUCGUGUCCGCCGCUUCCAGCAGGAUGAUGCUCACAUCUUCUGCUCCAUGGAUCAGAUUGAAGAGGAGAUCAAGGGCUGUCUGGACUUCUUGAGGACCGUGUACGAAGUGUUCGGCUUCACUUUCAAACUCAACCUGUCCACAAGACCGGAGAAGUUCUUGGGGGAACCUGAGAUCUGGGAACAAGCAGAAAAGCAACUGGAGAACAGCUUGAAUGAGUUUGGGGAGAAAUGGGUUCUCAACCCUGGUGACGGGGCUUUUUAUGGACCAAAGAUUGACAUUCAGAUCAAGGACGCCAUCGGUCGGUAUCAUCAAUGCGCCACCAUCCAGCUCGAUUUCCAGCUUCCGAUCCGCUUUGAUCUCACCUUUGUCAGCCACGACGGUGACGACAAGAAGAGGCCAGUGAUCAUCCACAGAGCCAUCCUGGGAUCAGUGGAGAGGAUGAUUGCUAUCCUGACGGAGAACUACGGAGGCAAAUGGCCACUGUGGCUCUCUCCUCGCCAGGUGAUGGUCGUACCUGUGGGAGUGGCCUAUGAGGAGUACGCUCAGAAGGUCAAGCAGAAUUUCCAUGACAGCGGCUUCAUGGCUGACGUGGAUCUGGACCCUGGCUGCACUCUGAACAAAAAGAUAAGAAAUGCACAGUUGGCGCAGUACAACUUCAUCCUGGUGGUGGGAGAGAAGGAGAUGACCAGCAACACUGUAAACGUACGCACCCGAGAUAACAAAGUCCACGGUGAGCGCAGUGUGGAGGAGUGUAUCGAGCGCCUGAAACACCUCAAGACCUCCAAGAGCAGAAACGCUGAAGAGGAAUUCUGAGCCUUCUCAGACUUGCUGCAAUCAACUCCGUCUCUUUACAGUACCUUUGAGUGUGGGAACUUUGAAGGGCCAUGUGGUUUAAAUCAGUUUCUGAUGAGGGAUGAAACUACUAGUGCCUCAUCUCUGUUUUUUGUCCCCUUGAAAUCACAUUCUCCAACUUGACUAUUUGUCUCUUUUUUUCUGGUGUCUUCCAUCGCCUCUUGACGGUCAACAUUGUAUAUCAACAAGCUUUCAGUUAUCAAGUCUUCUGAGAUCUGUUUUCAUAAACAACAGACAUUUUUUUUACCACAUGUGCAGUUACACAAAUAAUCUUGCGACUAUGACGUGACGAGGUCUUUGAACAGCUUAACAGAACACUUCUUUACAUUGAACAAAUUGUACCAUCGAAAGUACCAAAAAUGUCUACAUAUGUGAUGAAGUAACAUGAUAUGUGGUUAUAAAAGAGUGGAAAUGUUUUAUUACUCUGUCUUUACGGUUUGUAUCGGUCAUUCUUACUUCAGGGAAUUGUACAUGAGUUACAAUUUUGAUAAUUAAACAAUUAUUCUGGA